GCAGUUUGGGGCGGUGUCUCAAACGAGUUCCUAUUGGAUGUGCAGCGUGCUAGAUAGUGUCUGUAGCUGCCUGUUUCUAUACCCUAUAUAGUACACCUGUAGAGGGUGUAGAGGGGUAUUUGGAAUUCAGCUGUUGUGUUCUUCGCUAAUGUGCUAGGCUGUGCUGUGUAUUGAUUUACCAAAUGAAAUGAUGCACAUACAGAUAAACUAACCGAUAAUCGCUGUUUAUUCAUAUCAGUUUUAACAUAAUUAUAUGAAUAAUGUGUGUAAUAUGAAAGCUGUGCAGUGCGAGUGUGGAUAGAUGAGUAAAAUGAAGCUCUGCAGAGCAGAAUACAGAGUAAUCGCAAAGUUCACUGAACAGCUUCGGCCUACAAGGCAGUGUAUGAAGAUGCUGAAGGACCGAUUCCCCGAUCACUCGCAGUCCACUCUUCUGAGCAUCUUCUCCCUGGAGUACCAGAAAAGAAUGAAAAGAAGUCUUGCGAAACAUCACGCCGAUGUCAUUGAAGACUACUACCAGAGGUACCGUAGUGAAGCCAGCAAACAUCCUUCAGACCCUGUCCUGCUGGAGUUAGCCAAUGAGGUGGACCUGUCCCCGUCUCUGCUGGCUCGUCUGCUGCUGGAGCGAUUCCUGGAGGAGCACCAGGGCUCAGUAUCAUCCAAGCAAGUCCUGAACAGCAUGUUGCGGGAGCCAUCUUUAAUUCCAGAUGUGCAUCUAGCCAGACAUGUGGAACAGUGCACCAUAAAUGACUGCUGUUAUGGACCGCUGGUCGACUGCAUCAAACACGCUAUUGGUCAGGAGCAUGAGGAGAUCCUGCGAGAGAAACUCAGAGAGAGGAACCUCUCCUUUGUAGAUGAGAAUCAGCUACGGGCCAAGGGUUAUGACAAGACCCCUGACAUUAUUCUAGAAGUCCCCAUUGCUGUUGAAGGCCACAUUGUCCACUGGAUUGAGAGCAAGGCCUCAUUUGGGGAUGAGCAGAGUCAUCGCACUUAUCUAAACGAGCAGUUCUGGAGUUACUGGAACAGGUUUGGCCCGGGUCUGGUCAUCUACUGGUAUGGCUUUAUAGCAGAACUGGACUGCCAGCGGGACCGAGGGAUCCUUCUCAAAGACUGUUUCCCUUCAGACAUCGUGACUCUGUGCCAUAGCCCAGACCAGUGCUGACGCUAUAGCUAAGGGUGAUCCUGAGGCUGAGGGAGUGGGGGGUCACAGGGCAUUUGCUGGUGGAGACGUGAAUCCGGAAGCAAUUUAGUUUUCCUGCUGCGCACAACUACUGGCAAACAUCUGCCCUGAACUCCAGCUGAACUCCCAGGGAUCAGGGUUGGAAUCAUACCUCUGUGCAAAAUCACGCCAGGGAGCCUGGAGUCCUGGACUGGACCUGGACCUCCUAGUCCUUCAGGAAGGAGGAGACCUCUUAUCACAGCCCUUUUCCUCGUCAUUCUGCCCCUCCACAAACUCAUGAGGCCAGCACAGAGGUCAUCCCCAUUAUCAGCAUUUAUGUUCUUCACUUUCUCUCUCUGUGUCUGAUAAGGGUGUGGUCCCUUUUGGAACUCUGUUUGCUGACCUCUUCUUCCCUGCUUUUUAUUUGGGACAUUUCACAGGUUUGCCAAGUGGGUUUGAGUAAUGGUGAUCUUCAAGCUUUCUGUUUUUACCUUUAUCUUUCACUGUCAAACUUGCAUUAAAAACAAAUAGAUAAUAAAAGUCAAAUAACCUGGAAUUUGUGCUUAGGAUAAAUAAUAUAGAAAUAGAAAAUCUGGUCAGGUUUAUCAGGUAAGCUGAGAUUUAUCACAUUUGUAAAGUUACCGUACAUGGUUAAAGUUUAAAAAAAAACAAAAAAAAAACAGCCAGUCUACAAUCUCCCUAGACUGUAGGGAAUUCAGUUUGGCGUUCCAUGAGACUCCUUCUGCAUGCUGUCUGGAUGAAAGACGAGAGUGGGCCCUUGGAGCGGCAGUACCAUGGUGAGAUAUGAGCGAGAUCAAGAGCUUCCCUUCUCUCUCCCUGUACUCAGUGUUAAUCAGGCCCAGACCUGCUCUGACCUGCUCCUCUCAGGGAGGAGUGCAGCGGAGCUUUACCCAUCCCUGACCCCUCUCUGUCUCUCUCUCUCUCUCUCUCUCCCCCAUCCACUCUUCAGAGCUUACAGCACUCCUCCAGCUCGCAUGGAUCUCGCCGCUCUACUUUUCAAUGGCUAUAAAGUGUUACAUGAUUUGUUACCCUUAAACCUCUAACCCUAAAGCUGCCCCUACUUCGUUUAGGCCUCUAGCACCGGGGGUCAGAGAAGGGUCAUGGGGCAGCCAUGAUUUCCUCUGUUGGGCCCAUUCCUCCAAACGGUACAAAACAACGGCCCCCCAGCGUCCAGUUAACGGAGCCUUAUUGCACAGCUAUGGAAUGCUUAGACAUCACUUUACAGCUCCUUUUGGGCACAAAAAAACAGCUUUUUUAAAAAGGGAGCAAAAUGCAAUGUGGAAUAAAGAAGACAAAAAAAAUAGUAAACAGCAGAUUCAGUUCCUCUCAGCUUUCAAGCCUUCCUGCCAUUGUUUUUCAAGAUGGCUCUUGCACAAAAGAGGAGCUCGGGUCAACCUCUAUAAAUUAGUUUCUGCAUACAAUGCAAACCAAAUAGUGCUUUUUUUUUUUUUUUUUUU